AUAGAAUUGAUUAAUCAUAUUUUAACAUCUUGUAAACUUGCAACGAAAGAACAAAGAAUUCUGACACUGGUGUUAAUCUCAAUCGAAAGACUUUUACAGAAACAAAUCUAUUAUCAAGAAAUGUUUGGAGAUCAAAGUAUUGCAUUUGUUAUGGAACUACUUUUUCGAUGUCUUUAUCAGAAAGAUGAAGAAAUUCAAGUAGAUCAACGCCUUUUACUAGCAUUAGGUUCAUACAUUUGGGAGUGUAUAGUAUGGUGUCCCCCAAACUUGGAAAAGUUUAUUGAAUAUGGCGCAGUAUACGUUAUACUGGACAUUAUUGAAGUAGUUCCAUACCCAUCUCAGCGCAUGUUUCUCACUGUACUAGCCGAUAUGUGUGACAAUUAUUUUUGCGGAUCUUAUUUAUGCACUUGGAGAGGCAUUAAUAAGAAAACGACACUAAUGUCUCUGUUGGCAAAAAUAUGGAGAGAUGAAGAAAUCAGGCUUGAAUUUAAAAGAUGCUGUGAUGAUGAAGAAUUCCCUUCAAUGGGCAAGAAACAGUGGUUGGACACUUUUCAGACUAAACUUUUUGGACACGUGAGCCCAGCAAUAAUUGACAUGAUCGGUUCAGUCAGAGCAAAGAUAUAUAGUAUUAGAAAAAUCAUUGAGAGAGACAAUGAGAGAUAUAAAAUGGCAAAACAGCAUUAUAAAAUAUUAUAUUUUGAUCUCCCAGUGGAAGAUCGAAUCACAGUAUCUGGCAUAGAUUUGUACUUCAAGUUGAAGUUAGGUCAAACAUGGGUAGAGCUCAACAAGUAUUUUGAACAGAUAGGCAUUACACCGCUUGGUAUGGAUGGCCAGGCAAUAUUCCUGAUGACGCAAAGAUACUAUUUAUGGGGAAUUUUACUAAAAGAAAAGCAAAAGAAUAUAAUACAGGAUAUAAAAAGAGAAGAGGACAUAGACGAAAAAGAUGAAUAUGCUAGGAUUCGAGAUUCUAAGCUUAUUUUGUCAUUGAACGCACUUGAUGAAUUAGAUUACAUAUACAGAACAACAGAUAGAGAAUACAUGAUAAAGAAAAAGAUUGAACAAAUACAACAAGUUUAUUCGACCCUGAAUUUUCCACGCAAAGGAAACGAACAGAAUCAUAGGACGUUCAUGGCUACAGUCAACUUCACAACAAUAUUCGAUCAAAAUGUGGUAUUUAGUAAUCUAACAGCAGAUUCAGAUUUCGGUCAAAUAAAAGUUCUGCCCGUUUCGCCAUGCGAGUCGCAUAUCUUGGAGGAAACAAUAUUUUCCGGAAUGUCGUGCUCAUCUUUGACAAGCUAUGAUUUCUCUAAAUUAGAACAAUUUGAAGAAGAAGCGUAGUUCACAUAAUUACAAAUUCAUACUUUAUCGUUUCUCGAAUAUACAGGAACCUUUAUUACCAACGAAAAUAAAAAGCGUAAUUACUUAUAAA